AUGCCUAUUAUCCACACUGCAGCUACCAUGCCUAUUAUCCCCACUGCAGCUACUAUGCCUAUUAUCCCCACUGCAGCUACUAUGCCUAUUAUCCCCACUGCAGCUAUAAUGCCUACCACUACAGCAAUCACCACACCUAGUAUCACUACCUCAACUACUAUGCCUGCUGCUGCUGGAAUAGCUACACAAAAAAAAUUAAAAAAAGUAAUAGAAAUUAUAAAGGAGCUUAGAAAUGAGAGUGAUAUGGAAUGGUAUAAUAGUGAAGAUGAGGAAUCAGAUCACAG